CAGUUCAACCUGGGGAGCGGAGCGCAGCGAACGCUGCGCCAAGUGUUGAGCGGUUAAAUAAGAAAAGUGCCCGCCUACAACAAGUUGUGUGUGUAGGCGGUUGGACUCCCAGCCAGUGUUCUGCGCCAGCUACUUCAUCCGACAUCCGAAGACCGAGUGCCCAGUACCCAGUACCCAGUACCCACUUGCCCCAAGUGCCACGAAGAGUCCUGCGGCUGCUCUGGGGUUCUGUUCCGUUCUGUUCCUGGUGCGAUAAGCGUGUAAGCCUAACAUAUGGCACCCAGCGUCGAUGCCAGCCGUCGGCACUUCUUGCGGUGUGCCCAUUAUCAUGGCAAGCAAUGUACAACAACGGCAGCAAGAUCCAUGCACCACAACUGAAGAACCGAAGCACCAGAGAACACGACGAGCAGCCGGAGGAGCAGCCAAGGACCAGGAGUCGCCGGCGGGAGCAUGCCAGCAGUCCUGGUCUAAUCAGCGACCUCCAUUCCACCAUCAGCAGCAGGAGCAGCAGCAGCAGGAUCAGGAGCAGAAGGAUCCAGAGCAGGAAAGGCGUCAGCAUACCGCAGCGCAGCAGGAGCAAGUGCAGCACCACCGGAAUCCUCGCCAGCACGAGCUACUCCACCACCAGCGGAAGUUGCCGCCCGCGCUGCCCCCCCGCGGUCGCCUGUUGAUCAGCGAGGGCGCCCGUCGCCGGGAGGUGAGGGGCUGCGGAACGGGGGGCGGCGGGCUCCUCUGCUGCAGCCUGGACGCCCUGAGUCGUCCGGCCAAACUAGUGCAAUUCGGAGUCCUCCUGCUGAUCCUGCUGCUCGCCACGCAUGGAGAUCUUGCUCAAGCGGAGGGCAAUGUUGGCUGCCAGUUUGUUAGGACGCUAUGCAUACCGCACUCCGAGGUCUGCUACGAUGACAACAUAUUCGGCAAGUGCAUUCCAACCACCGGUGUCGACGUUGAGGACAUUGAGAAGACACCUCUCACUGAGGAGCAGUCCCGUGUGCUGGCCACCAUGUUGGAGGAGCUCCAGGGCGCUGGGUUAGGUUGGGACCAUCCGUACGUCCAGUGUCGCAUCCAGGGAUCGCUCUUCUCGCUCCAACGGCAACAGCAGCUUCCACCCAAUCUCUGUGCGAAUCUGGCGCCGGUUCCUCCGGAAUUCGGGGAUCCGGCCAGUGCGAUGGCCUAUGUGCGCUUCACGCCACCAGAACCGGAAACGGAAAUCGAAUACUACGAGCAGCCAGGCAAUCCAGCGCAAUUCUAUCCGGCCUUGAGAAAGAAACAGGUGCAAGAAAUUUCAGAUGAUGACUUGUACCUCAACCGGAUGCUGCAGGAUCGCCGGAGGCUAAGGCAUGAUCCAUCGGAACUGGAGCACUUUGGCAAGAUGGAUGGUCACGGGCAGGGACACACUCAACUGGAUGAGCCGAGCAUUAUGGACGCCUUCCUGGACACCGAAAGGCAAAGGAUCGAACGGGAACAGCAGUUGGCGGCGGCGGAGCAGGAUGCCAAUCAGAGGGCGGAGCAGAAUCGCCUGGAACUCUAUCAGAUUCUGGCCGCCUCGGAGCCCGAUCCGCAGCCAUACCAAAGGAAGCCGGCGGCCCAGCCGAAUGCCAUGGAUCAACUGGAGGCGAUUGUGGAGCAACAGCAGCAGCGGGAGCGGGAGCUAAAGGAGCAGCAGGAGCAGGCCAAGUCGCCGGUCUAUGUGCCGCCGGAGGAGGUGAACGAAUCGAGUGAGCUCUACUUCCCGGACAACUUCGCCCCCUUUAAGAGAGCAAGGGGUCGCUCCAGGGGGGGAUUGGCCGAGGAAGUGGAAGAGCAGCCCAAGCGUUCCUUCUUCCGGGAGUUGGCCAGCGAGCAGGGAUUGGUGCAGGAACCGCCAUUGAACUUCAGACAUGCGGAAACCGAACUAGAAACCACUCCCGAGCUGGCCAAGCGACGUCCUGCAUCCUUCAAGCAGCUGGAUCCUUAUGAUGUGAACCUGCAGCAACAGGAACUGGCCUUCGAGUCGGGUUUGUUGCGCAACUCACUGACGCCUCUGGAGGAGGAGGCCAUGUUGGCCUCCAACAGUUUGCCCCGGCAGUCGAAGAGCCAGCGCAUCUACACCGAAGGUGGCCUGCUCCUGAUGCCCCAGGAUGCCCAGGACAUGGAUAACAUGCAGGCCGAUGAGCCGGAUGUGAAUGUGAAGCAAUCGCUAUUGGCCAAUAUGUUGGGAUUUGCACGACACGAACGUCUGGAUGUGAAGAAACCGGGACCGCUGCUAGGACCACCAUCCUUGGGCUCCUCGGAGCUCAGCAAUCAGCUGGAAACGGAAAAGGCACGCAAACUGGAUAAUGGUGGCAACAAGGAGGUUCUGCCCGCCCACAUCAAGGGCAGUGCUCCCGAGGACGAGGAUGCGCACAAGAAGAAGAAGGUCAUGAGCCAGCAGCACUCGGCCGAGGAUCAUGCGCCGCACACCGUUGACACUGAAUAUGUGCAUGUGUUCGUCAAGAACCCAAUCGACAGUUGGAACGAUGGGCAGCGCAUCAUGAAGGAGCUGGAGCAAAUACUACACAUGCAGGGAUACUUUUCUUAUUUAACCGUUCAACAACACGAAGUUAGCUUCCGGGUGAACUCAAACAACCCCGAGCGCAAGACGGCCGGCGAUGUGGCAAGGACCAUCAACGAGAACCGCGGCGUGAAGAACAACAUCCAGCGGCGCGUCGGGUUCUAUGUGCUGCACGCCGGCGUGGGCGAUGUGAUCAAGGACCUGCAGGACCCCAGUGUCUCCUCCUCGCGCAUGGAACUGGCCGAGCAGGGGCCGGAUGUUACACACAUCAUGGCCUACAUGUUCGCCGGAGCCGGGGCGGCCGCCGUGAUCGUGAUCUUUGUCACCCUGAUUCUGAUCAAGCGGCACGAUCGCAAGAGGGACAAGCUGGGUGGCCUGCAGUCGGGCAUUGCGGGGGCGGAGACAUGCAGCAAGGACUACCAGGAGCUGUGUCGGGCCAGAAUGGCUGGAAAGACGGGCAACGGUGGCAAUUCGACCAGCGGAGCGACCGGCGGUGGGUCAAACGAACCGGCGCCAAGCGGACGGAUUACAUCGCUGACCAAGGAGAACGAGGGUCGCCCCCCAUCUUCGCGAUCGAGCACCUCGUCCUGGAGCGAGGAGCCAGCAUUGACGAACAUGGACAUCUCAACGGGACACAUGGUGCUGUCCUACAUGGAGGAUCACUUGCGCAACAAGGGACGACUGCAGCGGGAAUGGGAGGCCUUGUGCCGCUAUGAGGCGGAGCCCAGUGCUCGAGAGGCUGCCUCCCAGCCCCAAUGUGCUGGUCUCAACAGACCUGGGGCUCCCUUGCCAUAUGACCACUCGCGCGUAGUGCUGAACCACCUGGCCAACGCCGAAGGACUAGACUAUGUGAACGCAUCAACGAUUACCGAUCACGACCCCCGUGCCCCCGCCUAUGUGGCCGCCCAGGGUCCGUUGCCCUCUACUUUGGCUCACUUUUGGCAGAUGAUCUGGGAGCAGGGAGCCGUCGUCAUCGUGGCCCUCUGCCGCCUGCAGGAGAACGGGGAGGUGGCCUGUGCGCGCUACUGGCCGGAAGAAGGUGCCGAGGUCUAUCACAUCUAUGAGGUUCACCUUGUUAGUGAACACAUAUGGUGUGACGAUUACCUCGUACGUUCUUUCUACCUGAAGAAUUUGCGCACUAGCGAAACCAGAACGGUCACCCAGUUCCACUUCCUUUCCUGGCCGCAUAUGGGUGUGCCUGCUCAGGCAAAGGCUCUGCUGGACUUUAGAAGGAAGGUGAACAAAUCCUAUAGGGGACGUCGCUCCUGCCCCAUUGUGGUGCACGGAAGUGCCGGAGCCGGACGGACGGGUGCCUACAUCCUGUUGGACUUGGUGCUCGAGCGGAUGAACAAGGGUGCGCGUGAGAUCGACAUAGCGGCCACUCUGGAGCACCUGCGUGACCAGCGGGCAGGUGUGGUGGCCACCAGGCAGCAGUUCGAGUUCGUCCUGAUGGCGGUGGCCGAGGAGGUGCACGCCAUCCUGAAGGCUCUGCCGGCGAACACAUCCGGCGAGAAGCGGGAACUGGACAAGGAUCCCGUGGCAGUGGGCAGUGGGAGCAGCACCACCAACAGCAGCACCACCACCACCACCACCACCAAGGAGCCACUGAAGGAGGACAAGGCGCAGGAGGCGGCCGAGGAGGAGGUGCCCACCAGCAGUUCCAAGGCAGCCGCAGUGGUCGCGGCCAAGAAGGAGAAGGAUCAGUCGAAGGAUAAGUCCAAGGAUCAGCCGAAGGUCGCCGAGCCAAGGACGCCGGCCAAACCGGCGAAGCAGGCGAAGAAGUAAGCCAAUCCGAUCCAGGAUCGGGUUGAAGGUUAAGCCUCAGGUUAAUGAUUGUUGCAGCGUUUCGGGGGUCUUUUUUGUUUGUUAUAGCUAGAAAUUGAAUUGAGUUCGGUUUUGAUUUGGCGUGAGCACUUGGAAGGUUCGAAAAAGGCUUCACGAGAUUGUCAGUAGAAGGAUUUACUAUAUUUGGUUAACUACACCGCGCCAACAAAAAAGCACAAGGAUCGUGGGGUUUGGGGAUCCCUUUUGGUCUUGUAACGCUGCCCCGGUCUGCACCAGCCCGUGAGACCCGGGGUGCGUCCUUGUGGAGGGAUACCAGUCCUACGGAAAUUGUGCGGUGCAAGCAACUAUAGAAACGCACGAUAUAUAUACCAUAUUUGAGUGUUAAAGUAUAUACAAGAAAUAUUUACAUACAUACCUUAUACUUAUAUACAUGUCUAGGUGUUAAGCAUUGGAUUCAAUUAUGAGGCAUUUUACUUACUCGUACAUUUAUCGAUAUCGAUGUUGGCAUUAAACUUAAACUCUAAUCGAUGUGCUUGAAAAACCAGCAAACGAACGACAACAAUCGCUGAACGGUAUACAUAUGCCAAGCCAGACAGAACAGAACAGCAAAAAACAGAUUCACUAGAACACACUAAACACUAUCAAAACACUGAAAGAAAAACAGACAUCUAGACAUUUCCCAAUACACUGAAGCCACUACAAAACACAACAUACAUAUACAAGAGACAGACAUAUACAAGAAAUGGAAGAAUGCAAAAUUUGUACCUAACAAAAUUCUAUUUACAACAUGGAGGAAAAAAAAGGGAAAAGUUUAGUGGAGAGCAACCUAUUGAUGUGUAUGACAAUUAAUUAUACAAUGAUAUAAUCACAUUUAACAAAUAUAUUUGUAUACAAUAUAUAUUAUUCAUAUACAAUAUGGUGAAUGUCAUUAUUAUCUAUUUAAUCACAUAGCAUACACUUGAUCUUCGAAGCAAAUCGAGUAAUAUUUUACCAGACCAUAUGUGUGUGUGCGAAUUCAAGAAAUUGUUCAGUUACCAAUCAAUCGCUCCUAAACGUUAAUCAACACUUUUUAUCCUUCGCAGUUGAUUAUAUCAUAUACUAUUAUUAUAUUAUUAUACAUAUACUAUAUAAGUAAGACCAUAUAUGUCAGAGGAACAGCACCGAAGCUGCAGCUUCUGUCGGCCAGUCUGUGUCCCUGGUCUCAACUUCAUGAUAUCAUGAUCUACUUCACCAAACUGAGGCAGCUAGGGCCCGGGGAGCAGAAGGGGUUACUGGGAGAGGUUGGAGCUUCGAGUGCGGUAAAAAGUAUGUGCCACACUCAAUGAGGAAUAUAACGUGAAACAAAAAAUAUGGAAAAAAAUCAAAAAAAAAAGAAAUAGUUUAAGUGUUAGGGAAAUUAUUGGAAGAACAUCUCCAGAUACCAACAAAUAUACCAUCCAGAGACGACCCAGAACGAACCAGGACAAACAGGAAACGAACCACGCAAAAUAUCUAGAGAAUCACACGGUACUAUGCCGGUCGAGAGGCCGCAUGACACACUAUACAAAACACCCCAGGGAUCGACCACAAAGAUACAGUGACUAAAUAUAAACCGAAAACACUACUACCGAUUUAAGGCACACGAUGAGAAAAAAAUAUAUAUUAAAAUCAUAAAAAAUACAAAUGACAUAAGAUGGAGGAGGACGUAAGUGCAAGUGCUGCAAAUUAGCAAAGAAAUAUCCAAAAAAAUUAUCAAAUAAAUAAUACCAUACUUAACAGUUUACGUAGCAGUUGGAACUUAAACAUAAUGAAAAUGAGUUAUCGUAGUUCGAAAUAUUCCAAGACGACAAAGAUAAGAUACAUUUCAGCUAAAUUUAAGCGAACAAAACAAAAACAAAAAAAAAAACUAACUAAAAAUUAUUAUCUCGACGCAAACUUUUGUUUUUUAUCGUUUGAACAUAACAAAAACACAACUGACACUACACUACAAAAUAAAAGCAAAUGAGAAAACAAUAUUACAAUAACUGUGGCAAGUCCGAACAACAUCCAAGGGGCUUGCGAAAAAUUAUUAACGUGGUAGAAAAAACAAAAAAUAUUGAGAAUAGUUAAACAUAAUUGUUUUAGAGCAAAAUAUUUAGUAGUGAGUUUUUCGAUUGAUUUUCGAGUACUUGAAGCAACGUUUUUUCAAAGUUAAUUAAAAUACAUACAAAUACAACUACGACAAUUUCAAUUCAAAUGUUCUUCGACGAAAACAAAUUAAAUAAGUGUACUAUUAUAGUCAAUCGCAUAUAAAGGCAAUUAUUGAUGUAUAUUUCGACAUAACCAUAAAUAAACAUAAAAGUGUUAAUGAUAAACGAUGAAGAAACAACAACCAUGCGUAGAUAAUUGAAAGGAACUUACAUAUAAUAUAAACUAAUUUUAAAAUUAAAGCAUAAAUGUCUAACGGACUUUUACAUUAAAAUAUACAUAUAUAUAAAAUUAUAAAAUCGUACCUAUUGCGUGUAAAAAUACCCAAUAUGAAAAAGGGUUAUCACACACAAAUCAAGCAUUUCAUCAUUUCCCCCAAAAUCUAUUUUCAUUGAUGGUGUAACAUAGAUAUACAAAAACCAAAAUCAACUAAAGCGAAAUCUGAAUUAUUAUUUAUAAGUUAAACGAGAAGCAGAAAAAGAAUAAAUCGAAACGAGGUCAUAAAUAAUCUGAAAGAAUCCACAAUAAAAGUGGAACGAUGAAGAAAUAUGGUUCCUGGCCGGCACUUGACUUUUAACUUUCAACGGGGCAGAUCCGGUUGUUACCCAUGCACCCGAGGAUCAGAUCAGAUCGGAUCAUAUCGGAUCAGAUCGAUCAGAUGAUAAGAAGCGGAUGGAGAAGACGACCAACCAUAGACCGACCGACUGACGUCACGAACCCAGAAUGAGACAUACAAAAUGGUUUGAGUUCCUAAAGAAACAUAACCCGACCACCAACAGUAGGACGGAUUCAACAGACCCAAGACCCGAGAACAGGCUGUAUAUACGCACAUCUAACUUCGGACUAGCAGCUAAUCCUGACCUUCGACCCGACAUACAGAUACCGAUUAACUGACCGAUCGGACGGAACUUAGUCUUAGGCCUACACAAUGAGAUUCAACUCGUACAACGGGAUAAAAUAGAAUGAUCGCGGGUCGGCAACUUCAGGAACUGUUCCCUCAAAGAUAAAGGUCAAGUGAUUGGAGCAGGUUUCCAGAAGGCGGUCUCUACGACAUUUUAGUGGAGGUGAACACUUACAAAACUUAUCAAACAGGCAACCAAACUUACAAUCUCAAUGUUCUUAAGGUUUUGUUUCAGAAGGAUUGAGUUUGGUAACCGCGGAUGAUAAUAUACAAAUACAAAUAAAUACAAAAAACACAAUACAGGCACCAAAAGUGUGGGAACUAUAUAAAAGAAUUGAUCAGCAUGCUAUUAAAAUGCAAUUGUUGCUGUCUAUUUCAAUUAAUUAUCGAAUAAGCAAAUUAAUAAAAAUAAAACGAGACGGCUUUCAUACAUUUUUGGAAAACCAAAAUAAAUUAUAUGAUUAAGGAGGCAUUUAGAAUAUAAGCGAAACAUUUAACAAUAUCGAUGUGUAUACAAUAUGCUACAUACAACAAAAAUAUAUAUCUAUUUAGCCACUUGGCAAAGAUUUGUGUUACUAAGCAAAAGAUGACGAAAAAAAAAUUGAGAAAACCAAAAAAAAAGGUAAAAACCAGCAAAAAAUUAUGCUGGCUGAGGCCACUAAUAUCUAAAUGUACUAAAACUAAUAAAAAGCGAAAAUGUUAAAUGAAUUCGAUGAAUGAAUCAAGCAAAUAAUAUACACCGAACACAUACACUCGAAGAAAAGAACAUGGAGCAUACCUAUUAAAGGUUUUUUGUGCAAAACUAAUUAAUCUAUGCAAUUUAAGUGUUUUAAACAUACAUAUAACAUUAAACAUGCUACAAUUAUUUAUGAGAAUUAUAUAGCAACAUGUAUACCUACAUAUAUAUAAAUGUUAUUAAUCAAUUUGAAUUUAUGGAGAACGAAGAAAGGAUAUGCAUACCUAUAUCUAAAUGUAUCGCGCCAUUGUGUAAUAUGCGCUACAAAUAAACGUUUAAAAUGAUCACAAAAACAUAUUAUAUUCUGCUGCAUGUGUAAAUUAUAUAAAUGUAAAUUAAACGAUACCGAAAAUGAAAACGACAUAAAUGCGAACAAUUUUCGAUGAUAAACAGCAAGCAGAAAAGUAUAAGGAGAUGAUGAUGUAGAACCGGUAAUAAUUACGAUUACUAUUAUAAUACAAAAUCAAAAAAUAAUAAAGAGACCCUAAACAAACUGAGCCUACCAACAAUAUAAACCGAAAACCAUUAGCGAAACUAAGCCAAUGCCGAGCGUAGUACAUAAUGCCUAUCGAAGGCACACAGAGAUUUUGAUUUUCGCCCCGAUCCCUAUACCCAGUGUUCACUGUGUGUGUCUAAGAUACAAUUAACUGAAAAACCUAAUUUAGCAUAUCUGUCAAUAGAAUCCUUCUUGCCCCGGCAAGUCGGCUCUAAACAUCACUGUAACGUAACACCAAUCACAACAACUUAACAGUCUUCAAAGGUACUGUAACAUACAAUAAUCUGUAGAGUUGCUUAUCGAGAGUAAUAUACUUAUAUAGAUAUAUAUCUAACCAUAGUACACCUAGAUUACUUGGCACACUAGCACGCUUUCCCAUUCAGUCCUAUUAACACGCAUGAUUUCGAUUUAAUCCACAUUUAUUUUGCUUAUCAAUUUCGUUAAGUACUUUUAUAAUAGCUGCAUGGGUCCUAUCUCUCCAAGAACAGAGUUAUGAGACCUCAAAAAUUACUUUGCCCUUUUAAAACACAACACAAAUGCGGUACUUGUAUGCCUGAAUACAACAAAAAACAAAACACACUGAUUAAUUAAGGUACUUUGUAAAAUUUACUUUCAGCAAAUGGUUGUUUAUAGAUUAUAAUUCAAGUCACAGCAAAUUAGGCAAAUCACCCAAAGCUUCCAAGCGGGGAAAAGGUUUUAAGCCCAGUGCACCCAAAAGCCUCAUUUCGCUUUUAGCAUACAGAACAAAUUUAUAAGUGCAAGCGGUAUUUCCAUUGAAUUUUUCAUUGGCGUUCUAGAAAAAGCACUAGGUAAGCAUUUUUCAAACUAGCAAAGCAAAGAAGUAAGUAAAAUAUAAUCAAACCAAAUACUUUUAUUCGUAUUUUAAGAUAUUUGCGCUGGGAGAAAAAAGUUGGUCUAAGAUAAGUAAAAUAUUUAAUAACAUAACCACAAUUUAAUCACAUAAAACACAAUAAUUGUUACACUUAAAAAAAUAUUAAAUACAGAACAGCUUCCUCACCGACCCCAAAGACAAAACAAAAAAAAAUUAUAAAAAAUAAAAAUGUGCAAGCGGUUUUUUCAUGAAAUUUUUUCAUUCGCGAUACAACCAAUGUGCACUCAAAAAAAAUGUUGUCCCUUCGAAAGGACUUGGCUUACAUUACACUUCAGUGUCUAUUGAAAUAAUCACAAUUGAAACACAAAAAAAGGAUCGAUUAUAAUACAUAACUAAAAGCUUCAACACUACAACGGAUAAUAAUACAUUACACUAAUGCCAAAUUGUAAACGGAUUUUCGCAAACGAUUUGUGCAAAGGCAAUUAAUUGCACUGAUAAAAAAAUUUGUUUCGUCUCACUUGAGACUGGGCUUGUAAACCAAUUACAAAUCGUCGCAGCAACAAUUUUUCGAUCUCACCAGAGACAUAAGUAUUUAACUAUUAUCACAGAGUACAAGCGGGUUUUUCGGAUAAUAAAUGGAAAAUCACUUUUUCGUCUCAGCAAAGAGACUUGGCUCCUAAGCUGACUAAAAUAUCCAAUAAAAUAUGAAUAUCCAAUUAAAUCACACUCUAAAUGUGCAAUAUUAUACUCAAUACAUACCCAAAUGUUUAUUCUAUGUGUGUAAAAAACAAGCAUUAAAAAAUCCAAAAAAAAAUUAGAAAGAGGCAAACUCAAA